AUGGCUCAACCAGCCCAUGGGCCCCAACAGCCUACCAGUCCUUUCCCAAACCCUUACGGCCAGCAAAAUUUCUACCAACAACAGCCUAUUCGACAAGACUAUGACAAUGAAUCCGAGAUCGGCACUCCUUACGCUAGCACCACUCGUCUUGCAGCUAACCAGCAAUAUUAUGAUUCUAACCCCUUUGCAGGUCGCGACUCUCCUUCUGAUGCUGGACAUGGCAGUCGCUCUUACGCACCAUCUAUUAACUCACAGGCAAGCCAGCCAUAUGGCUCCCCCUUCGCCGACUCGGCUACCUACCCAUACCCGGCCUGGUCUCCCGACCGUCAAAUACCAAUUUCCAUGGAAGAAAUAGAGGACAUUUUUCUAGACCUCACCCAAAAAUUUGGGUUCCAACGUGAUUCCAUGCGAAACAUGGUUCUCCCUCGACUCCCGCGCCUCCCGUAUGAGUCCAAAUCAGGCCUGUUAACCCUUCAUGCCGAUUAUAUUGGUGGUCAACAUGCAAAUUAUCGCAAGUGGUAUUUUGCCGCACAGCUUAACCUUGAUGACGCCGUCGGGCAAACCCAGAAUCCUGGCUUGCAGCGCCUCAAAAGUGUUCGAGGCGGCUCAGUCAAAACACCAGGCUCGAAACACUUGGACAGUGCACUGAAUCGCUGGCGUAACGCGAUGAACAGCAUGAGUCAAUACGACAGGCUCCGCCAGAUCGCGCUUUACCUCCUUUGUUGGGGCGAGGCGGGCAAUGUCCGCUUUGUUCCCGAGUGCCUGUGCUUCAUCUUUAAGUGCGCAGAUGAUUACUAUCGUAGUCCCGAGUGCCAGAAUAGCGUGGAGCCUGUACGGGAGGGUCUAUACUUGCACACAAUCAUCAAGCCACUAUACACGUUCAUGCGUGACCAGGGUUAUGAAGUUUCAGAGGGCAAGUUCGUGAGGAGGGAGAGAGAUCAUGACGAGAUCAUUGGUUAUGACGACAUUAACCAACUUUUCUGGUAUCCUGAGGGUCUAGCACGGAUUGUCCUUGAGAACCAUUCUCGCCUUGUGGAUAUCGCACCCUCCAAGCGUUACAUGAACCUGCAGCGCGUAGACUGGAGCAAGGUCUUCUUCAAGACCUACAAGGAGAAGCGUUCCAUCGCGCAUCUACUUGUCAACUUUAACCGCAUCUGGAUUCUCCACAUUGCAAUAUACUGGUUCUACACCGCAUUCAACUCCCCCAAGGUGUACGCGCCUCCAACUUCACAAUUCCCUUCACCCGCAAUGACUUGGUCCGCGACCGCCCUCGGAGGCGCAGUCGCCACGUUGAUCAUGCUCUUCGCCACGUUCGCCGAGUUCAUGUACAUCCCCACAACAUGGAAUAAUGCCUCCCAUCUCACAACCCGAUUCAUAUUCCUCCUUGUCAUUCUGGCGCUCACGGGCGGUCCGACGGUAUACAUUGCAUAUGUAGAGAGCCGUCCAACCCCCACCACCUCCCAGAUUCCUGUCAUCGUUGGCAUUGUGCAGUUCUUCAUCUCUGUCGUUGCGACCAUUUCUUUUGGAUUGUUCCCCUCUGGACGCAUGUUUGGUGACCGUGUUGCUGGCAAGUCACGCAAGUACAUGGCCUCGCAGACAUUUACCGCGUCUUACCCGGAACUCACGCGUACUGCACGUACUGCAAGCAUUAUGCUCUGGCUUCUAGUCUUCGGGUGCAAAUUCGCAGAAUCAUACUUUUUCCUCACCAGUUCCUUCAGCUCGCCAAUCGCGGUCAUGGCGCGGACUACCGUGCAGGGAUGCAAUGAUAAGCUCUUCGGCAACGCCCUCUGUUCGAAACAGGUCCCCUUCACAUUGACUAUCAUGUAUAUUAUGGACUUGAUCCUGUUUUUCCUUGACACGUACUUGUGGUACAUCAUCUGGGUCGUCGUUUUCUCCGUUGGUCGCUCUUUCUCGCUUGGCCUGUCGAUCUGGACGCCUUGGAAAGAUGUAUACACCCGCCUUCCCAAGCGCAUCUACGCCAAGCUCCUCUCCACUGCUGAGAUGGAGAUCAAAUACAAACCCAAGGUCCUUGUCUCGCAGAUCUGGAACGCCAUUAUCAUUUCCAUGUAUCGCGAGCAUCUCCUUGGGAUCGACCAUGUCCAGCGGUUGCUGUAUCACCAGGCUGAGACUGCUGAUGGUCGCCGAACGCUCAACCCACCUCCGUUCUUCCUGAAUCAGAACGGCGGGAACUAUAAAGAUACGUUCUUCCCCGCAAACGGUGAGGCUGAGCGCAGGAUUUCGUUUUUCGCUAGCUCCCUCACCACCGCACUGCCUGAGCCUCUCCCUGUGGAAGCCAUGCCCACAUUCACAGUCCUCGUUCCGCACUAUUCUGAGAAGAUUCUACUCAGCCUGCGCGAAAUCAUCCGCGAAGAAGACCAGAAUACUCGUGUGACGUUGCUUGAGUACCUGAAGCAGCUCCACUCUGUAGAAUGGGACAACUUCGUGAAGGACACAAAGAUCCUUGCUGGGGAGGGCGAGGAUGGAACGGGUUUGAUCAACGAGAAGACAAGCAACAAAGCGGAUGACUUGCCUUUCUACUGCAUCGGCUUCAAAACAUCGAGCCCAGAAUAUACCCUUCGUACACGUAUCUGGGCCUCGCUGCGCGCGCAGACGCUGUACCGUACUGUCUCUGGCAUGAUGAACUAUUCCAAGGCCAUCAAGCUUCUCUACCGCGUUGAAAAUCCCGGUAUCGUGUCCGCGUUUGGGGGCAACACGGAGAAGCUCGAGCGGGAGCUUGAGAGGAUGGCACGGCGCAAGUUCAAGUUCGCGAUCUCCAUGCAGCGGUUCUCGAAGUUCAACAAGGAGGAGCAGGAGAACGCCGAGUUUUUGCUGCGCGCAUAUCCGGAUCUGCAGAUUGCGUACCUUGAUGAAGAGCCUGGGCCAAAAGGCAGUGAAGGCCGGUUGUUUUCGACGUUGAUUGAUGGCCACUCAGAGAUUGACGACGUUACGGGCAAACGGAAGCCCAAGUUCCGCAUUGAGCUGCCCGGAAAUCCUAUUCUUGGUGAUGGAAAGUCAGACAACCAGAACCAUGCCAUCAUUUUCUAUCGCGGCGAAUACCUUCAGCUCAUUGAUGCCAACCAAGACAACUACCUUGAAGAAUGUCUCAAGAUCCGGAACAUCCUUGGCGAGUUUGAGGAGUACUCUAUCUCAAGCCAGAGUCCGUAUGCGCAAUGGGGCCACAAGGAGUUUAAGAAAUCCCCCGUUGCUAUCGUCGGCACACGCGAGUACAUCUUCUCGGAGAAUAUUGGGGUGUUGGGUGACAUUGCUGCUGGGAAGGAACAGACAUUCGGUACGAUGACGGCUCGUGCGCUCGCGUGGAUUGGGGGCAAGCUGCACUAUGGACACCCUGAUUUCCUCAAUGCCAUUUUUAUGACAACACGCGGUGGAGUUUCCAAGGCACAGAAGGGUUUGCAUCUCAACGAGGAUAUCUUCGCCGGUAUGAACGCAUUUGGGCGUGGUGGUCGUAUCAAGCACUCGGAGUACUACCAGUGUGGAAAGGGCCGUGAUCUUGGGUUCGGCACGAUUCUCAACUUCCAGACCAAGAUCGGUACCGGCAUGGGUGAGCAGAUGCUCAGUCGGGAGUACUACUACCUCGGGACGCAGCUGCCCAUCGAUCGCUUCUUGACCUUCUACUAUGGACACCCUGGUUUCCACAUCAACAAUAUCUUGGUCAUCUACUCGAUCCAGGUAUUCAUGGUCACUUUGCUCUUCAUCGGAACUCUGAACAAACAGCUCGCGAUCUGUCAAGGUGAUGCUCAGGGCGAUGUGCUUGGUGGUCAGCAGGGUUCUGGGUGUUAUAACCUCAUUCCCGUCUUCGAAUGGAUCAAGCGCUGCAUCGUCUCCAUUUUCUUGGUGUUCUUCAUUGCUUUCUUGCCUCUCUUCUUACAAGAACUCGUUGAGCGUGGAACUGGAAAAGCGCUGCUACGUCUCGGAAAACACUUCUUAUCGCUGUCUCCCGUCUUUGAGGUUUUCUCGACACAGAUAUACUCUCAAGCAAUCUUAAGCAAUCUGACAUUCGGUGGAGCUCGCUAUAUUGCAACUGGCCGCGGUUUUGCGACAACUCGAAUAUCCUUUAGCAUUUUGUAUUCCCGCUUUGCAGGACCAGGUAUCUACAUGGGCAUGAGGAAUCUGCUUAUCCUUCUCUAUGCUUCUCUGGCGAUUUGGAUACCCCAUCUCAUAUACUUCUGGUUCUCUGUGCUCUCAUUGUGCAUUGCUCCCUUUGUUUUCAACCCUCAUCAGUUCUCAUUUGCCGACUUCAUCAUCGACUAUCGCGAGUUCCUGCGUUGGAUGUCCCGAGGGAACUCGAGGUCGAAAGCGAGUAGUUGGUAUGGAUACUGCCGUCUUUCUAGGACUAUGAUCACCGGGUACAAGAAGAAGAAGCUUGGCUUUCCAUCAGAAAAGCUGUCUGGAGACCUCCCUCGUGCUCCAUGGCGAGCUGUUGUCUUCUCGGAGGUCGUUUGGCCGAUCUGCCAUGCGGCUAUCUUCGUCAUCGCAUACAUGUUCGUCAAGUCAUUCCCCAACGUCAAUGGCGAGCAGAACCCCAGUCCUUUGAUUCGGAUAGCUGUUAUAGCGAUUGGUCCUAUCGUCUGGAAUGCUGCCGUUCUCAUAUCGCUGUUUUUCAUAUCACUGUUCUUGGGUCCCAUGUUCGACAAAUGGACGAGGUUUGCUUCGGUCAUGGCUGCCGUCGCUCACUUCUUAGCGCUGCUUGGAAUUGUCUCAUUCUUCGAGUUCUUCUGGUUCCUUGAGCUUUGGGAUGCAUCUCAUGCAGUGCUCGGCGUCAUCACUAUCGUUGCCAUUCAGCGUGCGAUCCAGAAGAUUCUCAUUGCGGUCUUCCUGUCUCGUGAGUUCAAACACGACGAAACUAAUCGUGCGUGGUGGUCUGGCAAAUGGUAUGGUCGUGGCCUUGGGAAUACCGCCAUGUCCCAGCCAGCUCGUGAAUUCAUCGUGAAGAUAGUCGAGAUGUCUUUGUGGAGCUCAGAUUUCUUGCUCGGUCACAUCCUCCUGGUGAUUUUGACGCCACCCGUUCUCAUUCCGUUCGUCGACAAACUGCAUUCAACUAUGCUGUUCUGGCUCCGCCCAUCCAAACAGAUUCGAGCACCUCUUUACUCGACUAAGCAGAAGAGACAAAGACGAUGGAUUAUCAUUAAAUAUACCCUGCUUUAUAUCCUUGUAGUGUCGGGCCUGGCAUCUCUAAUUGUUCUGCCUGCUCUCUUCCGAAACGAGAUCACGUUCCAUUGCACUCUUUGUCAGAAUAUCUAA